AUGUCCGAGCCAAAAGCAGAAUCGCCGUUUACGAUCGGGGCCUUGGGGAGCAGGGCCACUGGAUUAUCCUGGCUCUCCAACUCUGGAAUUAUCAAGCUCAACUUGAUGCUUGUGCUUCUACAAAUCUCGAGUUACGCAACAGGUUAUGAUGGAUCGAUGAUGAAUGGGCUGCAGUCUCUCACCACCUGGCAAACCUCCUUCAAUAACCCUGGACCUUCUGAGCUGGGUCUGUACGUGACAAUCGAUCCCGGUGUGCUUGAACAGUCCGGCCGUCUAAAUGCAAUCCAAAACGUUGGUCAGCUCAUUACAAUGCCUAUUUGCGCCAUCAGUUGCGACAAAUUUGGCCGUCGUCCGGUCCUAUUCGCUGGCGCCUUCGUUCUUCUAGUUGGAGUUGCCCUACAAGCUGGGGCACAGAAUGUCGGAAUGUUCAUUGCAGCCCGCGGAAUUAUUGGAAUGGGCCUCGUUUUAAACAUCACUGCGGCGCCGCUCCUCCUCCUCGAGUUGGCCUUUCCCAGACAACAGGGACCGCAGGUAGCCAUAUACAACAGCUUGUGGAACCUGGGUGCUUUGGUUGCUGCGUGGAUCACCUACGGCUCAUUUCGAAUCGGAAGCACCUGGGCCUGGCGACUUCCUUCGCUCCUUCAAGGCGUGUCCAGCGUGCUCCAGAUUGGUCUCUGCUUCUUGAUUGAGGAGUCACCUAGAUGGCUUAUCAGUAAACAGCGCGACGAUGAGGCGCGGAAACUGAUUUGUAAGUAUCACGCUAACGGCGACAAUUCCGAUCAGUUAGUCACAUUGGAGAUGGAGGAGAUUCGCACUGCCCUUCAACUUGAGAACGAGGCGAGACGCACCACCUCGUACUUAACCUUUUUCCAAAGUAAAGGUAAUAUCAGACGGUUUUUUAUUAUUCUGUCUGUGGGGUUCUUCUCACAGUGGAGCGGUAAUGGUCUUAUCUCAUACUAUCUCACAUUGAUUCUCAACUCGAUUGGCUACACAGCGGAAAGUACCCAAACCCUCAUCAAUGCACUUCUUACACUGUGGUCAAUGAUUUGGAGCUUGGUGUUUUCCGCUGUGAUGAAUCAAUUUGGUCGACGCACUCUCUUCCUUAUCUCUACCGCAGGUAUCCUGGCAGUCUAUAUUGUCUGGACAGCCCUCGAGGCUACAUAUGAGAAGCGGUCAGCGGACGGAACUGGAGGCGACGGCUACGCAAAGGGCGUGUUGGCCAUGAUUUUCCUGUACAACUUCUUUUACUCUGUCGGCUGGACACCUCUGCAAGUUACCUAUUGCAUCGAGAUAUUACCGUUUGACUUGCGCGCCCGAGGUCUCGUUCUGUAUAAUCUCUUCGUCGCAAUUGCUGGUAUUUUUAACCAGUACGUGAACCCGAUCGGCGUGACCAACAGCACGUGGAAGUUCUAUAUCACCUACGACGUGUGGCUUGCCUUUGAGCUUGUUGUGGUCUACUUUCUGUUUGUGGAAACCGGCAGUCUCAGUCUGGAAGAAACUGCCGUCAUCUUGGAUGGAGAAGAGUACGGGAACAAAUUGGUUGGAGUCGCGGUAUCUAUAGCCGAGCAGAAAACUAUUGAGAGAGCCAAAGUGCAGGCAAUGGCCAACGGUGAGAUAGUGUCGGAGAAAUUAUAG